CAGGGAUCUGAGGAGAAAGCCGUCUGCGGAGGUCGGCUGGUGGAGGGCGGCGGAGGUGGCGGCGGCGCUAGCGCACGCAGCACGCUGCCAGGCGUAGUGUGUGCGCGCUGGUGAAAGGCACCAUGUCGACAUGCAGUGUGAACGUUGCGCGGAACACCAGAAUGGCCGGCUUGCGAAUAUUCCUUAUUUGUGCGCUUUUAAUCAACGGUAGCUACCAACAGAAAGAUAAGGAAGAAGAAGAAUUUGUUUGUCCCGAAGGCACGCAAGGUAAUGGGAAUUUUGCUGAUCCAGCCACUUGCAGACGUUUUUAUCAAUGCGUCGAUGGAUACCCGUACUUGAACAGAUGUCCGUCUGGGCUCUACUUUGAUGAUAUUAGCAAGUACUGUACAUUCAAAGCUGAAGCCAGAUGCGGUCCCAUCGCUACAACACCAGCUCCAAUAACCGAAGCCCCACUAGAUUUGGCCACAAAAUGCGAGCCAGCGGACUGUCAGCUUCCUUACUGCUUCUGCUCAAAAGACGGCACGCUUAUACCUGGAGGACUCGACCCUGAAGAGACUCCACAAAUUAUCUUGCUGACAUUCGACGGCGCUGUCAAUUUGAAUAACUUCGAAUUGUACAAAAAGGUAUUCAAUGGAAAAAUCAAGAACCCUAAUGGAUGUGCGAUCCGGGGCACGUUCUUCUUGUCUCACGAAUACAGCAACUACGUCAUGGUUCAGCAUCUGGCACAUAGUGGUCACGAAAUUGCAACAGGAACAGUAUCCCAGCAACAAGGCCUGCAAGACAAGGGUUACGAAGAAUGGGCAGGAGAGAUGAUCGGCAUGCGAGAGAUCCUCAAGAAAUUCGCUAACAUCUCCCGGUCAGAGAUUGUCGGCGCCCGAGCACCUUUCCUCAAACCUGGCAGAAAUACCCAAUUUAAGGUAUUGGAAGACUUCGGGUACAUUUACGAUAGUUCGGUGGGCGUGCCGCCCCUGCCGAUACCCGUGUGGCCCUACACGCUGGACUACAAGAUCCCACACGAGUGUAAAUCUGGCACCUGUCCUACUAAAUCAUUCCCAGGUCUCUGGGAAGUCCCGUUUAACGCCCACUACGUGGAGUCCUUCGAGGGUGGCCACUGCCCCUACCUCGACCAGUGCGUGCUUCACAACCAUGACGCUAAUGAGGUAUUCGAGUGGCUGCAGGAGGAUUUCAGCCGUUAUUAUGAACAGAACAGGGCUCCGUACAUGAUGCCCUUCCAUACCAACUGGUUCCAGAUCAAAGAGCUCGAGAACGGCCUGCACAAGUUCUUGAGAUGGGCGGCGGAUCUCAAAGACGUGUGGUUCGUUACCGUGACCCAAGCCUUGACGUGGAUGACUGAUCCACGGCCAGCGAAGGCCCUGAACAACUACGAGGCUUGGCGCUGCGACAAUAAGGACUGGCCCGCCGCUCCCUGCAACUUGCCGAACAAGUGCGCGCUCUCCUUCAAACUGCCAGAGAGCAACUUCACAGACACCAGAUACAUGGAGACUUGCAGCGAAUGCCCUAACCAAUUCCCGUGGUUGGGAGACUCUGGCGGGACCGGCAUACCGGGCAAAGACAACUAUAUACCCGACAAUCUCAAAAGAAAAUAGUUUAACGUAAAUAGACCCGUAUAGCAACUAUAAUCUAUUCGGCAUAUUUCAUCCCACAUUUGGAACGCCGAAUGCUUACGUCGAGGGAUGUUGGUAUGAAACGUUUGCUCAACACACUUACACUGACGGUGUAGUGGUUUUUGAUGCCUCGGUUGGGGCGGAAUAUUCGCUUCUUACUUUCGAUAGAGCGAGAUGCCAUUAUAUAAUUUAUCAACUACGAGGUGCCUAUAUAUAAGUGCCUCUGUCUAUUGUUAUAAACUAUACAACAUAAUCUGAUAUGUUAAAAACUUACGCAUUUAGAAUCCGAAUGUUGUCUAAGCACGAUAUCCUGAAUAGAUUAUACUUUUCACUUUGUAUAUAAGAUACGCAUGUAAGUUAAGAUAACGGUGACUAGUCAUCGCAAUUUAUAUUCAAUAUAAAUGAUAAGUGGGCUCAUAUUCCCAAAUCGAUACGAAAUUGUCGGCUCGAUGGCUUUCGCCUCGACAGCUGGAACCUCAAAAAUGUCCUUUCCAUCAUACUUAACCAAAACAUGACCACUUGUUUAAUAUUUUAGAUUACCAGACACGUUGAAAUGUUUAUAAAAUGACCAAAGCUACUGAUAUUAAAUGUCAUUGUUUGUAAUUAAUUUUUAUAUUUUGAAUUUUCUGUCAAUUUUAAUAACACGAUAACUCUUGUUUUUGUGGUAAUGAAAUAUUAGAUUUUUAUAUUCCGUUCCUUUUGAUCGUUACAUUGUUAGAAUAAAUUUCAAUAAGAGGUUAAUUCAAUACGGCGUGCUAUUAUGAACGAGAUAAAAAUUUUAACCUUCAUUCGAAUACUAAAUAUUAUUCUCGUCACUCUUUUGUGAAGAAAUAAUUUAUCGUUUUCUAAAUAAACUGUAUUAUAAA